AUGUCGAAUGCCCAGCCUAGCCACGCGACCUUGAGAGCUCAAGGCCUCUCUUCCACUGCCGCAGCGCGCGAACAGCCUCGCAGUUCGGACCACGUUCGAGGGCCAUCUCCGCACGCAACCCCGGCCGCGCUGGACGCACGCAAGGGAGAAGCAGACUGGGCCGUUGACUCCGAGGUCUCCGAGGUCGUCGAGAAACUCGGCUCUGUGAUCUCCGCAAGCAGCGAGAACCCUCUCCUCAAAGAAGUCAAGGAUCUGCUUCUUAGAGUUUCUCUGGGAGAGAAACAAAAGGGUGCGGUUCGUGAGGUGGAUGGCACCAGUUGCCCCGCCCCGGACGCGGAUGCCUCUAUGGCAGACGCCGCCCAAAAACAACGGGUGCUCGCGUACCUGCAGGCACUCCUACAGAUUCAACUCCAACUUCAGAGAGACCAAGAAGAAGCGAGACAAAAUCACUCCACUUCUGCUAUCCAAGUUCAAACCAAAGAGGACCGCGUAAACUCGGCGGCAGAUCCAUCAGAGAGCCCUCGCACGCUCCUCAGGAGGUACAAAGAGGACUUCAAGGCGAUGAACGAGAGCUGCCAAGCUUUGAAGGAAGAACGGUCGACGCUUAAAAAGUGGCGCGAUAAGGUGAUGGAGGAAUACCAAGAAUUGGACGGAAGCCUGCAGUUCGUCCUGAGCGAGAUUGAGGCUAUCAAGGCUAAGCAUCAGGCCGACGCCAAUAUCAAUUCGAUUCUCGUCCACUUCAUCGUCACUGCCGUCCGCCUGCUUGUCGAUGCCUCGAUGCACAAACGAAACGUUGACAACCUGCUCGCAGACCUCAGCCGCUUGUUUGACGCCCCGAACCUGUCGGUUCGAAACCCGCGCCUCGUGGUCUGGUGCAAUCGUUUGCGGGAGCUCGCGGGCGCACAAACCGCAGACGGGCAAAAGCCCUGGCCCGAGGAGCGCGGAGAGACGCAGCCCCCUGCCACCGUCGUCGCUCUGCAUCUGUUCGACGCCGACAAGUCGCGAGAUCCAGGCGAAGCCGAGACGGAAGAGAAGGCGGAGGCGUCCCCGAAAGAAGACAGCCCGUCCUCGGAGACUGCUGUGCAGCCGUGGGCGCCCUCGACGACCGACUCCGCCGGGUCUCGGGGCGUACCUGUGCUGGGCCAGAGAGCCGGGACCGCGCUGAGUCACCGCAGGAGGUCAGACAUGCCGGGGCGUGCGUCGCAAACGACUCGCCUCCAACUCGCUCCGAUCCCCGACCGCGCGGACAGCGACGGACGCCUCAUAUGCAACUCGGGCCACGGGCCGGCCUUGCUCGGAAGCGCGCGCCGACGCAGCGCCACCGCUUUGGGCGACGGGGCCUUUUCGCUCGCGGCGCAGUUUGCAGUCGCUGCGCGAGCUCCUGCACCAGGGGUGGAACACACUCCCGUGCUGCUGCCGGACGUGACGGGCGAGGAGGCGAAGCGCGACUCGCCGCUCGCGCCCGCCGAUUGCUCGCCUGCGUUCUUGGCGGCAGAGACAGCUGCGGCGCCCGGAGGCUUGGAAGUUGCGGAGAACGCGUCGGCGAAGGAGUCUGGCGGGCGCACGUGCGCGUGUUGCGGGCCGUCGAAACGCCAAGCCUCCGUUGAGAUGGUGCGGGGCAACGCUGCGCAGAAGUGCGACGCACGCGAGAAAUGUCUCAAGAAAACGGGGAGUCGCGGGAAAGCGUGUCCGAAACAGCAAAAGUCGGUGAGUGGCGAGACGUGGGCUGGCCUCGCGGCCUCUGGACCGGCUGUGCGUCAGCGAGACAGCACCGCGUCUGAAGGCGUGAUGAAGGUCGACCGGGCUACGCAGUUCGACAGCGACUUGCAAACGCGUCUGGAGAUGCUCCUCGAGUCUCCGCAGGUACGGCCGAGCGAGACGAAGAGCGGCAUUGAGGGGUUCCGCGGCGCCUCCGGGGAAGGCGAGGUUUUCCGAGGGCCCUCGUCUGCGUCUUGCGACCUCCCGACGCCCUUCGAGCUGUCGGCGACCGCGUCGUUCGCGAAGGAGUUGCUACAGCGGGCGAACUCGUUCUCGCUGUCGAUCUCCGACGUGCGCAAAGUGCUCGAGGAGGCUCUCGGCCUCGGCCCAGACGGCCUCCCAGGCAAGGACGCGCCAAGGCUGCAGCCACUCCAGAGCCGCUCCUCGCUCUACUGCCUCCCGCCGACGCCGUCUCCGACGCGCGUGGGAACCUGCGAGAGCACACUGUCUCUCCUCGUGGCGCGCGCGGGGACUGGUGAGAAGCCGGCGAGCGGGGCUCCGGAGGGGCGGCCGACACGCGCCGGCGACGAGGCGAGCGAGGCGGGCAGACGCUUGCAGGAAGCGAGCGGCGCGUCUAUCGGCGACAAAGACGCGGCGGCUCGGGUGCCUGCGGCCCCGCGCGUCGACCGAUGGGUUCCCUGCUCGUCUGCGGGCGCGCCCGCCUGGACUGAGGGCUUCUCCGUGGAGAGAUCCUUUGAAGCGAAGAGCGCGAGUGUGUCGUUUGAAGGCGGACUCCUCACCCCGAAGCCGUCGCGGGUCGAGGACGCCAAGAGUCGGGGAACACACAAGGCAGACCAAGACCCGCAGCAGGACGUCGUCGACCUCGUCGCCGUGUAUAGGGCGAUGCUGGCGCUGGAGAAGAGCGAAGCGGCGAAGGCGGACGCGAAUCGGAGCAAGGACGAAGCAGGCACCCAGGAGGGAGGCAUUCAGUCUGACCAGUUGAGGCAAGUUAUCGAGGUGUUGUGGAGGCAACUGUCUUCGCCCGUCGCCGCUGUCGCGGAGCCGAAGCCCGAAGAGAAAGAGGACGAGGGCGCCGAGUCCGACGCGUCGUCGAGUAGAGCCGCUCCGACGCUUGCCCUCGAGUCGCCCGUGGCCUUGGUGCCGGUUGGGGAAGACGAGACGCAGCCCGACCGCGAAACCGCGCGGAAAUCCGUGGACUCGGUCGCUUCUGCACUGUCGGAGGCAGCGUCAAAAACGCCGCAGCCUCUUUCCAUGCCCGCUUUCGUCGCGGCGGGCUCCGUCGGCAGACCCGAGUCGGCAAAGGGGAAAUUCAAACUCUACACUCUGCCGUCGCUCGAGAGACGCGCGAUCGAGGCGCGCCAGGCGCCGUCGGCUUUCCCGCAAAUCGUGUACGCGUCCAGCAUUGAACGUCGGCACUCGCUUCUCCCGGGCCCUGUCCUCACGACGGUGCCGUGCGAACCGAUUUCUUCUCCCUACUCGCUGCCGUCGCCCGCAGGCUCCCCGGCGGCCGCAGCCCCCGCGUACGUCCUUCCCCAGGCAGUGCCGUCGCAGGUACUCGCGUACCCCCUGGCGAACGUCCCAGUCUCGCUCCUCCAGGCGUACUACAGCGCACCGCCUGCUGGAGCUGUGAUCUACAGUCCGCUUCCUGCGGGUGUCCCUGUGGCCGCCGGGAAUCCGCGCACGCAACGCUCUGCGGCGCCCACAGAGGCGUCCGCGGUCGCGUCUGCCCCCGGGCGCGAACCGGAGAGGAACGCGUGCUUUGCUUUGCCGGUCUGCUUCGGCGGGGAGAAGCGCGAGACAGAGGAGACCGAGGAAGUCCCCGCGGGGGAGGCGCUGGCCCUCGGCUCAGAAGCCGAGACGAAGCGCAGUGCAGAAAAAAACCACAUCCCCGAGCUGCAUCCCCACCUUCAUGAACACAAAGAAGCGGAACGGGCGCUCCCGCCCCUGCUGGGCGAUUCAGGCGAGGCCCCGCCGACUCUCCGAGACAGUGCGCGGGUCACGGAAGGCGGCUGGUGCUGCCAACCUCGCGCAUGCGGCGCACGCGUGGACGCUUGGGGAAGAGAGGGUGUGGAGGAAAAGCGGGAGAUAGCGUGA